AUGGGUGCAGAGGCCUGUUAUCUUCUAAACUUAUCUGAGGAAACAGACUAUGUUGAAACUGUCCCCUCAUUGGAGCAGCAGAUGCUGACUCAAUUCCUGUUUUUCAGAGGCCCCAUGGCCUGUGUUAUGAGGCUUUACUACACUGGGGUAGGGUCACCUGUUGAACUGGAUUCUAACACACAGUGUCGUAGUAAUAGAGAAUCACAAAAUCUGACACUUGUCUCAGAAUUUUAUCUCAUGGGAUUCUCUGAGGACCCAGAACUUCAGCCCAUCCUCUUUGGACUGUUCCUGUCCAUGUACUUGGUUUCUAUGCCUGGGAGCCUGCUCAUCAUCCGGGCUGUCCACGCUGAUUCCCACCUCCACACCCCCAUGUAUUUCUUCCUCUGGAGCUUGUCCUGGGCUGAUAUGGGUUUAAUCUCCACUACAGUUCCAAAUUUGAUUGUGAGCAUCCAAAUCCACAGCAGAGUCAUCUCCCACGUGGGUUGUCUCACUCAGAUGUCUCUUUUUGUCACUUUUGGAUGUAUGGAUGACAUGCUUCUGACUGUGGUGGCCUAUGACCGAUUUGUGGCCAUCUGCCAUCCCUUGAAUUAUCAUGUCAUCAUGAACCCUCGUUUUUGUGUCACUUUACUUCUGGUGUCUUUCUUACUUAGCUUUCUGGAGACCCAGAUAUAUCUUUUGGUUGCAUUACAGAUGACUGUUGGGGACCCCUGGAUCCUUUUUUCUUACUAUAAAAUUGUGUCCUCCAUUCUGAGCAUGCAAUCCUUAAGUGGGAGGUCUAAAGCCUUCUCCACCUGCGUAUCUCACCUCUCAGUGGUUUUCUUAUUUUGGGGAACAGGGAUUGGUGUAUAUAUUGGAUCAGUUCUUUCAGACUCUUACAGAAACAGUGCUGUGUCCUCAUUGAUGUACUCUGUGGUCACCCCUAUGCUGAAUCCCUUCAUCUACAGCCUGAGGAACAGAGACAUUAAAAGUGGCCUGAGAAUGUUCUACAACAGAAUAAUUUAA